AUUUACAGUCAAGAAAUGUGUCGACACUGUUGAUUUUACGUUUUAAAAAAAGUACUUCAUUCCAUACUUUACUGUAAAAAAAGUUUAAAACUUUACAUGAAAAUACCAUAUAAAAUAAAGUUUGUGUGACUUAUUAUAAAUAUUACAACAUUUUUCCAUUAUCAGCUCAACAAUUUGUGUCUUUAACAUUUAAUAUAUAUAUUUGUAGCUCUGACACAGUUCUAGCUGUCAUAAAUAUUAGAGCAUAUGUCUGUUAUUAACAUAAAAGUACAUCAAUUUGACCGGUAUAAACUGUAAUUUUUGCAUGAAAUAAAUCAGCACCAGUACAGGUAACUAUAAAAAAGGUUAUUUUGAGAAACAAAUGCAAAAACAGUAUUGAUUUGCAUUUUUGUGAAUUAAAUAACUGUGCAAGAGCAAUCAGUUUUCUCCUGAUGACCUUAUUUAGUGUUAUAUAAACUGCACCAAACUGUUUUAGAGUUUACAGAUUUUUUACUGUCAUGGUUUGACACUUUUUCACCUUAAAAUUUACAAACUUUUUUUUACAGUGUGGUUCCCACAUUUUGCACAUUGAAUUCCAGCACAACUUGCUUAUUCCACCUGCAGACAGCUCAGUUGUCAGACCAGUUCUGGACCUUCAGGGCACAUCAGACUGGAUGCCAGAGUGAAACUGGUGUUUGUUUCAGAUGACAGAGUGGAGGCAGUGGGUGUGGGGCGGAAUCAAAGGCUUGAGACUUAUUGUUUCAAUGUGAAAAGGAGCUAAUGGCCGACCAUCGCAACUCGGGAUCUGAAAUCCACGGGGUGCCCCGGGGCCCGGUCGCACAAUGGCACCCCCUCUCCUUUCCCGCAGUGCGUCUUCCUGCCGCAAUCUGCGGCCAACGAUUCGCGCUGGGGGAGCGCAUCUGCCCCGAUGCUCCGGCCAUCCAGGCCUCUGAAAGGCCGCCGAUCAGGGCUUGAAUGGGAGAAGUUCACCUGAAUGCUGUUUGAUGGUUUUAUGAUUUGGCUUGUUUUUUUUUUCCAUUCUAACAAGAAACUCGUAAAGGUGCCAAAAUCCCCACAGUGUUGCGUGGAAACUUAUUACUACUGAUACUUAAAUCUUAUUUCUAUUAAAAACAACAACAAAAACACAGUCCAGAUUAAACCACAAUUACUUUAAACACCCACAAACAAGCAAACAAUACUACUACAAGUGAAAACCCCACAGUAAACCUCUUAUCUACAGUUGUUUGGGUGUAUAAUUCUGUCUCUUUAGGUUUAUCUCAUGAAACAUUACACUGACUGUGUUCCUGUUCUGUGUGUUUUGCUUAUCUCAUUCUCAAAGCCAUCAGAUUAACUUGGUUCCUGUUUGUUUCUAGUUAUAUAUGCUCUGAUUAAUUAAGUUAAUCUGUUUGAUCACAGUGACUCUGGAUGUUAUUUUUCCUAAAUGGAUGAAUUCAGGCCACACUGACAGGGAUUUUAAUAUCAAAGCCAUCUCUUUAAAGUGGAAUAAUGUAAGCAAAGGCAGCCUUAUAAUUCAUGUGUGAGGUUAUGGUGUUACAGUCUGUAUUUACAGGAGCAGUGGUGUAAAUGUGCCCUUUCAAAGCAAAAAGACAUGAUUUCAAAUUGAAUUAUUAAUAGUUUCCAUUGCAUUGCAUAAUUAGUGUUAAAUUCGCUUUAAAAUCGAGAAAAUGUAGUCUGCAGUAGAGUUUAUGUGAAAACACGCCUACUGCACUGGGAAGAAUCAAGGUCAUUUACAAAUUCACCAUCAGCUGUGCGCAAUUGUCUGCCGCAGCCAAUAGGCGCAGAGAUCCUAAGAUCGCCAACACCCACAGCUGUGAUUAGGAAAACCUGUGGAUCCGGGGCUGGAGCAGAACAUUUGAGCUUGAAGGUGAGCUAAGGGCAAAGCUUCAUGGACUAGGCCGCAGAGAUAUCGGUGGUUAUGUUGCACCAAAACGGCAGCUGAGGCCUUCGUUUUUGCGCAAUUUAUCUGAUGCUGGUUUAGUUUCACCCUUCUUUCCUCUGAGCUUCAACUUGAAACGGAUGAACAGGUUUAAAACCAGCCGCCUCUAACUUUUUUUGUUCAACUUUGGAAGCGUCACAUCCUUUGGAAGAUGUCUGAAAGAGCGCAGAGUCCGGAGUGCCAGAGUCGGCCUUACGACUUCAGCCGGGCCAACCCUUGCACCCAGGUUUCGGCUCAGGAGGGUUUGGGGAGCGCUGCGUCGUUCCAGCUUCCUCACGGCGUCCUGCCAGACCCGGGCCUCCUGUACAACAAAACCACCUACAGCGGGAUCACAGCGGCUUCUGCGCAGACCUUCUUCCCCUUUCCACCCGUCGCCAGCGACUACAGAGGAUCCGACCUGCAGGUUGGAGAGUUCGGCCAACCCAAACAUUGGUAUCCCUUCGCUGCGCCUGAAUACACCGGCCAGGUACCCGGUGUGACCGCAGCCACCCAGCCCACUAACCUGAGUCCCCCGAUAGCCGAGACCCGUGAGCAGAUCAAACUACCUGAGAUAAAGGUUGAGAAGGACGUCGGUGUCCAGUAUUCCACGGAGGUGAAGGCUCAGCAGUUCCAGACGCCGCCGACCUCCGCCGCCGUGCCCCACGGAGUCUUCUACCCGGCGGCCUGGAACCCGUCCUUCUGGCCCGGAAUCACCCACAUCACACCAUCCGGUGGGAGCAACCAAAAUCCCACGACGUCUUCGGCAUCUUCCCCAUCCAUGUCCCCCUCACCCCCGGGCAACGGCCUUCCGGGGAACGCGUUCUUCAGCGUGAACGCGUCCCAGGCGCCCACCGACCCCCAGACAGAGAACCAGGUCUCCAGCACCCGGAGCAGUGGCUCAUCCAGCGGGGGGUGCAGCGACUCUGAAGAGGAGAGUCUUUCCACUGAAGAACUGGAGCAGUUUGCCAAGGAGCUGAAGCACAAACGCAUUACUUUGGGCUUCACCCAAGCAGAUGUUGGCCUUGCACUGGGUAACCUGUAUGGCAAAAUGUUCAGCCAGACAACCAUUUGCCGUUUUGAGGCUCUGCAGCUGAGCUUCAAGAACAUGUGCAAGCUGAAGCCUCUUCUGCAGAGAUGGCUGGAUGAGGCCGAGACCUCGGACAAUCCUCAGGAUAUGUACAAGAUUGAGCGGGUGUUUGUUGACACCAGGAAGAGAAAGCGGAGGACCAGUCUGGAGGGAGCCGUACGUUCCGCCCUCGAGUCCUACUUCAUCAAGUGUCCGAAGCCCAACACCCAGGAGAUCACGCACAUCUCAGAUGACCUGGGCCUGGAGAGAGAUGUUGUACGCGUCUGGUUCUGCAACCGGAGACAGAAGGGAAAACGUCUGGCCCUGCCGCUGGAUGAGGAGUGUGACGGCCAGUAUUAUGAGCAGAGCCCUUCCCCUCUGAGCAUGGCCCCUUCCCCCAUCCCCAGUCAGGGCUACCCAGUUUCCAGCUACCCUGGAGCCCCUCCUCCUGCAAUCUACAUGCCCUCUCUUCACCGGCCUGAUGUCCUGAAACAAGCCCUGCACCCCGGACUGGUUAGUCACCUGACUGGAUAAACCAGCGGUAGUCCCAGCCAGAACCACAGGUUGCCUCCCCCAGGCCUCUGUUCAACUCCAACACAUGCUGGAAAUGAGCUCUACUUCCAGUAACCAGAUGAAAAAAAUCAGAUUGGACCAUGAGAUUGAAACAUUGUGAGGAGUGGGAUGGAGCAAAGUGCUUUCUUGCUCCUGUUGUGAUGGUGAAACUAAAUGAGCUGCCAUCCCAUGAUCUCCACCUCACACCAGCUGCUUUGGCUUCAAACAAAAAAACAGGAAGAUUUAAAAAAAAAAAAAAAAAAAAAAGUAAUGUUAUUGAAUGUGCCUUUCUGUAUUUUUGUGUUCUUGCAUCAUGCGUAAUAAGUUCAGCUUUAAACAGUGCAGGUUUAGCACAAAAGUUAGGUGCUGUGUCUGGUCCAGAUUUGAAAUGAAGAUGGGGUUGUAAAUGCUCACAGGGUCUAAGAAUCAGACUAAUUCCUGGGUAGGUUUUCUGUGGGUCACACACGGAAGAAUCUGGGGUGUCGAUGAAAUCACGAUGUGAGGGAAAACCUCCUUAAACAGUAUUCAUUUUUGACAGUUAUUGUCAAAUUAUUUGUGCAAUACUUCUGUCACUGAAAUAGGAAAUGCUCUUUUAAGAUGCAUUUUUACAUUGAAUUUUUUGCACAAUAUUACUUUUUUAAUGUUGAAUACAAUCUUUUAAAUUUUUCCCCUUAUGGUUAUUGUCGUUGACUUCUUUGAAUAUUUGGAACAUUAAUGAGGUUUGGUUUGAUUCAAUGCAAUUUUUCUGCCGUCAGUAUUUGUAUAUCUUUACCUCAUUUCGUUGUAAUUGUAGGGUUUUGUGUUAAUGUUGAAUAACACUGAAAGUCACGUCUGAGUGCUAGUUGGAUUUUAUGAAGUUAUUUUUUACUUGGAUGAUCAUUUUUAGAACUGAUAAAUGUCAGGAAUUCAUCCUCAGAGUUCUCACUCAUGCUUUCAUAAUAUUUUUCAAUUUUACGACUCAGUUUGUUUUCAGUAUUAACUGUUGGCUCAUCUUGCCUUUUGAGUUGAUGCUCCUGACUUAAAUAUUUACCAUAAGAGUGCAAUCAGAAUGGUUAGACUCCAGCUAUUAGUUUUUAGUGACAUUAGUGAGAAUGUAAAUGGAUUAAUAUAUUAAUAUCAGCAACAACGACAUGUUUUCACUUAAAACACCUGAAACUUUAAUGUUCGUCUGCAUCAAGUAAAUUUGGCUUUUUUUUUUCUCCUUUAAAUUUUUUUAUUUUUUUUGUAAAUGCAAUCUACUGAAUUCUUGAGCGUUUUUUUAGUACUUCCCAUCAAUAGUGAAUUGUGCCAUUGUGCAUUAGUAGUUUAAUGUGUGCAUAUUCUAUGGUUGGCAACUGUAACUGCAGAAGUGAAGACAGGAGAAGUAAAAGUGAUAUUUGCAGAUUACAUGCAUGCUGGCAUGUUAGCUAUCGUUCAUGGAAAUGUCUGUUUUACAUAUGAUUGGAGAAGUUGAGCUAUGUUUAUGUCUCGAGUACUUCAUAGUAAUCCACACAGACUCUGAUGGUAAACCAUGUUUUUUUUUAUUAGUAAUUAAAGAAAGGCAUGAAAUGAAGACGGUUAACAGACCAAAUGAAACCAAAGCCAUCAAAAUCAAAUAAAGUCCAGGAGAUAAUGGAAUCAAACAUUGUUUUUUAAAAACAAAUCAACAUUUCACUAUUUGAAUGCUAUAGAGCAUUAUGAGAAGAUGAUUGGUUAGAUUCAAAGGAUAUGCAGAUUUUUCUGUUAAACACGGACACUACAGCUGUAUUAGUGCAGAGCUGGAGACUCCCGUUAGCAAAAGAUAAGCCAUGUAAAAGGAUUUUCUUUAUCAUUGUUAUUAUUUUCAGAUGAUCCAAUAAAGAUCCUUCUAAUUGCAAGGAAGAUGAACAUGAACCAAAUGCAACCUUGUCUUUUUUCUUCAAGUAUGAAGGUCCAGUGAGUUGCAUUAAGUUGCAUUUAGUGGUAUCUGGUAGUGCGAGUCAUUUAAACCUCCUUUUCUAGAAAUAUGAAGGGCCUUCUCUAGAGUCAGAGCUCGGUUCUUCUUUUCUGGGUCAGCAGAAACAUGGUAGUGCAACAUGGUGGCAUCUAAAGGUUGUGCUCCUUCUGUAGAUAUAAAGUCUUAUAGGUAGCAAGUAGAAAGCAAUUCUUUAUGUGACUAUACAUGAAAGAAAACACAACUAUGAGUGUUAAGUUCUGUUUCUGCCAAUUGAUCCCCCCUAAAUCUUACAUACUGGACCUCUAAUGGUUGUAUUUUAAUUGAAUACAAGAUAAACCUGGUUCUGUCAAAAAGAAAUUUGCCUGCCAGCGAUCUUAAAGCUGCUCUAGUUUAUUAAACUCAUGCAUUUCAUAGUUUCUUACAGAAUCGGUCUAUAGAAUCUUUUCCAAUCUGUGCUAAGGGAAGUUAAACAGCUGUGGGUUUACCAUGCAGGCCUGAGAGUGAUAUUAUUAUUACAUAUAACUCCCAGCAAGAAAGUCACUGAAUGUUUCUAUUAUUGCUACAGAGGUCAGGUAUAAAGUGCUAGAGAUUCGAAUGCCAGUGCAUCACUUGGUCAUUGUUGUUAAUAUGAAGUAGUUACAGUAUGCUAGUUGUUGUGUGCAUCUACAGGGUGGGCUGUAAGUUUCUAUACAUAGGAAAAUGUAUAAUGAUAAUGUAUAUUUUUUUAUGUUUCAGAUACCCUAGAAGACGUGUUUGACGUUAUCUUUGGGGACACUUGAAGGCCAUGGUGUAUCAGGUGAAGAUAAGAGACAUAAAUACAUAAAUCAUCUCAAGGAAUGUAUCACCA